AUGUUCACAACAGCCGCGCAGCUGUUGGACCUCACAGACAAGAAACUUAUGGUGGCAUUGCGCGAUGGCCGAAAGCUGAUAGGCGUCCUGCGUAGUUGGGACCAAUUCGGCAACCUCAUCCUCCAGGACACCGUUGAACGUCUGUUCGUGCAGAAGCUCUACGCCGACAUUGAUCGCGGACUGUUUCUUGUACGAGGCGAGAAUGUGUCGCUUCUCGGUGAAAUCGACCUCGACAAGGAUGACAACGUGCCAAUCGGAUUUGAGCUUGGGGCUCCUGAUCAGGUCUUUGCGUUGAAGAAGCAAGAAGAUCUCGACCGGAAGAAAGCAGACAAGGUGAAGCAGAAGAAAUUAGCGGACCUGGGCUUCGAAGGUGAACACAUCGGCGAAGGUGUCCUGUGA